AUGUCGCAUCGAGAGGACUCCUGUCGUGACAGCUGUUAUCUGGCUGAGGACACGGCAACCCAACAGAUGGAGAGCAUGGGGCAGGUGGCUGGCGAGCUGCUGGAGGCGAGAAGGGGCGGCCACUGUGAGGACAAGAAGCAGACGCUGCUGGCCUUGCUGGUCUUGGUGCUGUACCUGACCACAGGAAUAUCAGGAAGAAGCUGGGAGAUGUCUGAAAGGAUCAGGGAAUGUGGCCACCCCCAGCAUCCUGUGUCUCCCCAGGGCUUUUACUAUCACCCCAGUGACCCUGCUGAAGAGCCGAUCAAAGUCCUCAGGAACUGGGUGAAGAAGAAUUUGCAUGGUUUCUUGGAGACGUUGGAGGAAGAAGUGAAGGAGCUGGAGCGGCUGGUGCGGGACCUGGAAUCCUGGCUGGACGCUCUCCUGGCAGAGCCGCACCCACACCCGGAGGAGCCCUGCUCCACCCACAAGGCUCCCCUGUGA